GCUUCACUUGUUUUUCUUCUUAUAGCAAUAGAAAAAGAGCGAUCAAGGCUAAAUUAUUUCUUGCUGUUCAUGCGCUUACUAACCCAUAAUUUUAUUGCUUGCUUGCGCUGUGAAGCAUUUCCUCUUGAAAUAAAUGCUUCAGAAGUUAAAAUCAUACCGUUAGAGUUUGAUACCGAGUUCACGCGCUGCAUGCUGGCGCGCAUCGAGUGGUCUUACUUCUUAAAAGCGUAUCAGGCUCUACAAGCAAAACACGAUAUAGUGCAUAGCGGUAAUGAAUGCGGCUCUUUUUCCUUUCCGGAGAGCUUGGAAGCUGCAGACUUGAGUGAUGAUUCGGAGCUUUUGCACGCAUUGCACUAUGCCAUGAAUAUGGUAGAUGUGAAGAGCGGUGUGUUACGUUGCUCGGCUUGUGAAACAACGUAUGAAAUAAAUGAUUUCAUUCCAAAUUUUGUAUUAGAGGGUGGAAAAUGAGGCGCACACCUGUAAUUAUAUCUUACUAACCUUGUUAAUGCGUUUAAAAUAGUAAGAAAAAGGAGACCUGAUAAUGAUCUGCCAUAAAAUUAAUUA